UUUUUUGCCCUCGUGAAGCAGGUCUAGAGUGGAUAUUUAUUAACGUUAAAAUAAAUGAAACCUGUAAAACAAGUGCUGCCCUACAGCUUAAGCCGUAUCUGCAGAACUGGGUGUUUAGGGUCAGAGUAAGGUGGAAUUUUAAUCUGAUUCCAGGAAACAAACCUGAUUAACCCAUCAAUUUACCUCCUUGCUGCUGUUUGGCAUUCUCACAGUGAACAUCUUUCCACCAUAGAAAAAGACACCAACGGAGAUGCUUUGUGGGUUUGGUGUUAUCCGUCCGUAACAGCUGAACUGAGGAGUCUGUUGCUGCGAAAAUGCUGCCUUACAGAUGAAAAUAAACUGCUUCACACGUUUGUGUUUGGCCAGUAUAAAAAGUCAUGGUUCUACAUCACAACUGUGGAAGUUCAAGAUUCUCCAGCUUUGAAAAAGGUGACCCACUUCUCCAUUGUUCUGACGGCCAAAGACUUCAACCCAGAGAAAUACGCAGCAUUCACUAGGAUACUGUGUAGAAUCUACUUGAAGCAUGGAAGUCCAGUUAAAAUGAUGGAGAGUUACAUUGCAGUCCUUACAAAGGGCAUCUGCCAAAGUGAAGAGAAUGGGUCUUUCCUCAGCAAGGAUUUUGAUGCCCGGAAGGCUUAUCUUGCUGGUUCCAUCAAAGAUAUAGUAUCCCAGUUUGGAAUGGAAACUGUUAUCCUAUAUACAGCACUGAUGUUAAAGAAGAGAAUUGUAGUGUACCAUCCCAGAAUAGAAGCUAUCCAGGAGUUUACCAGGACUUUGCCUGCUUUAGUGUGGCAUCGACAAGACUGGUCAAUUCUUCAUUCGUAUGUGCAUCUAAAUGAGGAGGAAGUGGAAGCCUUAAAAGCCUGCACAGGUUACAUUGCUGGAUUUACAGAUUCUGAAGUGAGCAGCAGACCAGACCUCUAUGACGUGUAUGUGAACUUGGCAGACAGCGAGAUCACUAUUUCCCCUGUAGUAAAAGAGGCAAUGACAAUGGGAAAACUUCACAAAGAAAUUGGACAACUAAUUGUUCAAUCUGCAGAAGAUCCAGAUAAAUCAGACAGCCAAGUCAUUAAGGAUAUUUCUCUGAAGACAAAAGAAAUCUUGGCUACUUUAGCCUUGCUGACUGAAGUUUCCGAUGGCAAUGAAAAACCAACCCUUAACUCUGAAGCCCUGAAACAAAAGCGGUUUCCACCAGCUACAGAAAACUUCCUUUUUCAUUUAGCAGCUGCUGAACAAAUGCUCAAAAUCUGAUUUUGAUGCACUGCAGUGUUGCGGACCAAUUGAAAAAUACUGUCUUUGCCAUACAGCUAGGAAUACCUGAUAUUUUAUAUGGAAAAAUUAAAGGUUUAAGAGUGAAUGUCAGAUUUACCAUGAUAUAGUGCAGAAUAUCAGAGCUUGAACUGGAACAUACAGAGGUAAUAUUUGGGAACAUUCCUGGUGUCCUUAUCUUCCCCAACGAUAACUUUGUAUACGUGGCUCCCGAAUUUCUUAUUGCAACGUGGGUGCAUAUAGAGGUGGUGUGGGUCCAUGUGUCCAGGCUGUGCCAGACAUUAUGGUGCUGGCCGUUUGUCCUGCAGGUUCCAGGUGUCGGCCAGCUCUGUUCUUCUUCAGACUUGUCUUCCUGGGGUCUGGAACGUGGGCUGCAGCACCCGGGCUGUAAAACCAGUGGGGUUUGGAUCUGCCAGUCUCUGCACGGGGCUGCACUGAGCACACUGGGGGUCUGAGCACUUGUUCUGGGCUUCCAGGUGUCUCAGCUGCUCGAAUACCUGGAAACCCCAAAUAAAUGGACAAGUUCUCUUCUUUCUACUUGAAAGUGUCUAGGUGUUAAAAAGAAUGACUGGGAAAAUCUGACGUGGUAGCCUUACUAUAUAAAGGAAGAGGUAUUUUAAAGCUCAAGUGGGAGUUGAGCACCUCUUUUGGACUCUUGCCUUAGAGGUUUUCCCCCUUUCACUCCAUCCCAUGCUUCUGAUGGAGGGAAGAGAGGACAGGAUUGCUGUAGUUAAAAUGGGGGGGUCACAGACAAGUGCUGCUUUACAGCUGGAGUCUUUUAAGAAGUUGUUGGGGUUCUCCACUGUCCUGGCCAUUCAUGAUAGAAAAUCAGAUGAGUUGUAGCCUAAUGGAGUGGAAAUGUUCAGGUGGGCAGGAACCACAGGUAGAGCACCAACCACUUAAACUGCCCAAGCUGUAACACAGGUACUAUCUGAUGGUGCUCGGUGUGAACUACAUGGAGAUGGAGACUUUGGAAGUAGUAGUAAAAAACUAGGAAAUAGAGAAAAUGCAAAUUUGCCUACUUGUUUGGUUGCAUAGCCAUAACUCAAGGAAUUUUUUUUUUUAUUUUUUUUUUCAUUGAGCAACCUGAAACUAACUGCUUUAUAGUCUUCUGAGAAGAACUUUGAGUCUUUGUAGGGAAAUACUCUGAGCCAAACAAACUGGUUUUUCUUCAGAAAUGUCCAUGGCAAAUCAGGCAAUUCUGCAGCAGCACUUUGUUAUAAGAAAAAAAAAAUAACCUUUUUCCUGGCCUUUGUACAGAUAGGCUGUAGCAUGUGGUUUUACAUAGAGAUUUUAUACUUAUGAUUAAAACUUUAGUAGCCAAUAUUUAUACUGUUAAACGAUUGGAUAUUUGCUAUUCUGACACAGAGCUCAUGAAUAACUGUGUGCAAGCAAUAUUGGUUGGAAAAAGGCUUGGCCUGUUGCUAUGUAUCAUACAUUAAGGAAAUCUAUUUUCGAAUGUGGAUAAGGAAUGUGGUAUCUAUGUAUAAAAUGGGUAGUUAUUACAGUCAGUAAAUGAAAGUGCUUCAGAAUAAUCCCCUAUUUUCAGGGGUGUAAAAUUCUACUUAAACACUUUGCAGUUUAUAUUCUGAACACAGAAGCAUAUGCUUUUUUUCUUUAACUUGGAGAAAAAUACUGCAGUUGCCUUUGUUUACCUCUAAGUGCUCUGCAGCUUUUUCUUUUUUUUCCCUCAUUUGCCCGUUAAUGGUUUUUCUUAUAUGGUUCUUUAGUCUUGCUGCUUCUGGUUUGGGACUCAAUAGUUGGAAUAGCACAAGUGCAAAAUUAUGCUGAAAAUUCCAUUUGGGACCUACUUUGAAGUCCACUGAAAUGAAAAGUCUUUCACCAAGAAGAACCUGAAGGUGCUCUGUCAGCUCUCUUAACGCCACGGUGUAACUGUGAAGAAAUGCACGUAGUUUCUUAUUAACAAAAAGCCUUAAGGUGUGUCACUAAGGUAGGGAGGGUGUUGGGGACAAGCACAAAGAGCAGAGGAGCUCAGUUACAAAGUGACCAUCGAACGCUUGCUUUGCUUUCUCUUUUGGAAAUGGUCAAGUUGAAACUCUUGCUGUUGUGUUAGAUCUUGUGCCCUGACGUUUGUGCGAAGCAAAUGAAAUGUAAUUUUGCACUUAAGGAACUGGACUCCUAGCACGCUUGUGUCUAUUAAAAAAAAAAA